UAUGUUCCUAACAAUUCUCAUAUUACCUUUGCUCAUUGGAACAAUUGCUUUCCUACCAAAGCGGAUUCUCUGGUACGUUCUACUAUGCCUAAGGAUCAUCUAUUUCCGUAAUUAUUUGGCAACGCAAGACCGCCCAACCGAAAUCAACGUGACAGACAAGUUGUCUACGUUUCUCUGUUCGCUAAUCGCACCGGCUUUUGGAGCCCUUCUCGACAGAGCUUCUACGUUUUCAGAUUCCAUCAAAAAAUUCAUUCUAUGCUAUAGUUUUAUACUGCUUUUAUCUUCCCUACAAUCCGCCUUGUCUGUUCUAAAUCAAACUUUGAUAGCAGCUUGCGUAGUCGACAACCUAUUACAAGCGUCUCUUUAUGGAACUAACGCCGCCUUCAUGGCUAAUUUCUUUCCUCAUAAACAUUUCGGUACUCUUUUAGGCUUUACCUGGGCUUUAGAAGGUUGUCUCUGGCUUACUUAUAAAGCUGAACUACGUUACGUAAAUUACGUUACGUACGGUUGUAUUAUUGGAGCAUCUGCUUUUCCCGUUCUUAUGUAUUUCAACGGUAAUCGUCGCCAAAGAAACGAUACGGAAGGAUGUGAUAUCGAUGAAGCAGCUAACGAAGAGACGAAGAUGUGA